AGCACUUCCCGGCCUGUCCCUCACUACUGCCGGGAGAGCGGAGGAUGAGGCUCCGGCUGUGGCUGCUCGUGCUGGGCCUGAGCGCGGGACGUCCGGGCGGGAGCCUGAGGAGGAGGACGGCAGAUGAGGGUAGUCCUGCGUCUCUGCAGACCCCACACUGGGAGGUGGUUCCGGAGCUGAGCUGUGACGGGCGCCCGCUGACCCUGGAUGAUGUCCUUCAGACUCUUCCUGACCGCCUGCAGCUGAGCCUGGCGCUGGGCACACGGAGCGCCCACAUGGAUCUGCACCGGAGCCGACAGUUACUGCCGGACUUUCACACUGUCAGCUAUUACCAUCCCGAUGGUCGCCGUGUCACAGAACGGAGACCUCAUCAGGUGAACUGUUACUACCACGGGACUCUGGUGGGACGCGAUGGCCCCUGGAGCGACCUCAGCCUGUGCUCCGGCCUCAGGGGGACCGUCAUCCUGCCUGCGGAGCAGUGGUUCAGCAUUGAGCCAGCCCAGGGGACCCGCUCCCACAAACACAUAGUGCGCCUCAUCAUCGAGAAAAAGAACAUCACGCGUGAGACGCACGAGGAAGAUACAGCUGUGAACAAGAGACCCGGGAGAGUGCUGCUCAGCUUAUCCGAUGAGAGUGCACGUCCACACCGGGUGGAAAGUGAGGUGAAGUACGUGGAACUGGUAAUGGUGGCCGAUAAUAGUGAGUUCACCAUGCUUCACCAGGAUUUGAGGGGCCUCCAUGUCAGGAUGAUGGAGAUCGCCAACAGGGUGGAUGCUUUUUACCGCACGCUGAAUCUCCGGGUGGUGCUGGUCAUGGUGGAGGUCUGGAGCCAGAAGGACCUGAUCUCAGUCAGUGAAGAUCCCGCUGAGACUCUGAACAGGUUCCUGGCCUGGAGAGAGAAGGAUCUGGUCCGCCGAGUACAUCAUGAUAACGCUCAGCUCCUAACGGGGGUGACAUUUAAAGACUCUUCUGUUGGCAUGGCCACAAUCAACUCUAUGUGCACGGUGGAUCGCUCUGGAGGGGUCACAAGGGAUCACUCUGUGAGCGUUCUAGCUGUGGCGUCCACAAUGGCACAUGAACUGGGGCACAAUCUGGGCUUGAAUCACGAUGUCGGAGACGGGACGUGCGGGCAGCCAAAGAUGGGAAAACAGUGGAUAAUGGCGCAGUCCACAGGGUUUAUGCCGGGCCUGGAGUUCAGUAACUGCAGCAGGAAAGACCUGAUCUCCAGUCUGCGCCAAGGAGGAGGCCUCUGCCUGUAUAACCUGCCCAGCCCGGGCAGCCUGUACGGGAGGGCCACAUGUGGAAACUUGCUGGUGGAGAAAGGGGAGCAGUGUGACUGCGGCCUGCUGCAGGAGUGCUUGGAUCCUUGCUGUAAUGCCAGCAGCUGCCAGCUGAUGCCCGGGGCUGAGUGCGCCUCAGAUGGGUUGUGUUGUGAGCAGUGUAAGGUAAAGUCCCCCGGGACAUUAUGUCGGCAGCCUUUGGGGGAGUGUGAUCUCCCGGAGUACUGCAAUGGAGUGUCUCCUCACUGCCCCGCCAAUGUCUACCUGCAGAAUGGGGAGCCCUGUGAAAGCGGGCAUGCACACUGCUACCAAGGAGAAUGCCGGACCCUCCAGAAACAGUGCCUCGACAUAUGGGGUCCUGGGUCUUCUCCAGCACCGGAUUCCUGUUUUGCUAAAGUGAACGUGAGAGGAGACAAAUAUGGAAACUGUGGACGAGCGACAAACGGCUCCUACCUGCCCUGCGGCCCCAGGAAUGUCCUCUGUGGCCGCAUUCAGUGCCUGGGUGGCAGAGAUCGCCCACUGUUGGGCACCAGUGCAGAAGUGAUCUCAGUGAAGAUAUCAGUGAAUGGAACGGAGGUCUCGUGUCGGGGCACAUACUUUAAUCUGGGAGAUGAUGUUUGGGACUCUGUUCUGGUAAAGACGGGGACGGUGUGCAGGCCGGGACAGGUUUGUGUUAAUCGGCAGUGUCGAGAUGCUGCAGAACUGAAGGCCCAGGCGUGCAGAUGUGGGGGCCAUGGGGUGUGUAACAGUAAUGGUAACUGUCACUGCGAUCCCGGCUGGGCUCCGCCGCACUGCGACUCGUCUGGCCAUGGUGGAAGCCAGGACAGUGGGCCGAUUUCCCAGGAUUCUGCCAGCAGUUCAGUGGCCGGCACUGUCUUCCUGGUUCUCCUGGUCAUCUGCCUCGUUGUCGUCCUCUUCUUCUGUUACCUGAAACGGGGAUGUCUGCAGAGGAUGCUGUGCGGGGUCUUCAGCAGUAGCAGUAAAUGUCAGUACAGAGUCACCCACAGCAGCGGCCCGCUCCGACCCCAGCGGCCACCACCACCGCACCGGACACAGAGUACUGAGCUGCAGGUGAUGUCCGCGAGUAACCAGUCUGAUUAUGAAGGCUGUGACCGGCCCGAUCCUCCAUCCAAGCCUCUCCCACCUGACCCAGUUCAGAGGCGCAGCCAGGCUGCUGCUCAGGACAGGCCACCUGCCCCAACUCGGCCCCUCCCUGUGGACCCCUUUCCACGUCGGGCCCAGGUGUCUUCUUUUACCAAACCCUCUCCUCCCAAGAAGCCAUUACCACUUAGUCCUAUAGCGCAGUGCCAGGACCCUCUGCUCGGGGUGGACGCCUUCUCUGACCAUGUCGCUGCGCUUCCAGCACGGCAUGCCCUACGACCCCCAUAUGCGAGAAGAACCCCCAAAGUGUAAUGUGUGGAAGAGGUCGGAGGAGACCCCAGGAGAGUCCCUGGGUGAAGCAAGUGACUGCAUAGUGACUACUGCACAUUGAGGCUUGCCUCAUAUAGG